UAUGCCGUCUUUGCCAUAUAGAUGUCUCAUCACUAAAACAUGUGUAGUAACAUGCCUUUUUUGGUACUAACGAAAUUACUUUAUUCCACUGGCUAUUCGACCUGUCCUGAACUUCAUAUUAGGAGACCACGUAGUCUGCUGUAAAACUUCUGCAUUUUUUCCGGGCUGACUCGGAUUAAUCAUAAAUUAAAUAAGUUAUAAUGCCCACUAUUAUCGCCUUAGACGUAUCGUUGUCGAUGCAACGACAGAUAUCAGGACGCAGUGAAGAAAAUACCCUAACUUACCAUCAGCUGGCUUUGAAAGGGAUGUCACAACUGUUAGAACAUUUGUCAUCUACAUCAAAAUUGGAACAUGUUUCACUCAUUACUUAUUCAACGAUAUCAGAAGUUAAAGUUGAUUUUACCCGCGAUUACGAUGUCAUCCGUCAAGCGGUAAAAAAAGUAGAAUCUGGUGAUAAGCUCUGCAUUAUAGGCAUGUUGAAAAAUGUUGCGAGCAUAUUAUCUACGAACUGGGGUACACAAAACUAUUGUCAGGUUGUAGUGUUCACAGACUGUGGUUUGGGUUUUGGUAGUACCGCACUCAAAGGGUUCUUACAAAGUUACGUUGACAAGGAAAAUGAUGAGUACGAUUGGAUUACGCAUCUAAAGACAAUAAAGUUAAAUUUCAUUUGCAUGGGUGUUCAUAAUGAUUAUUACUUCACUCUAGCGUUUCCUAUGUAUCAACAGCUAAUUGACUUCACUGGAUUAAAAGGUCAACUAUAUUUGCCGAAGCCACCAAAAGAAGUUGCUGAAGGAACAGAAAAUACAAACGACUCAACCAAAUCUUCGGCUAAUAUUAGUGCCAAUACAACAACGACGGCCCCGACGUCUCACUCAAGCCACAAGAGUGAGCUUGGCCGUACUGCUAUGUUUGAGUUGAUUGAGCGAGUUUGCGAGGCUAACUUUAAGCCAUACGAAGUGUUACUAAAAGUCGGUGGUUAUUUCAGACUGGAAUGUCCAGUUUUGAUAUGGCCCCCACCGGCAGAAUAUAGAACUGAAAAUGGCAUUAAAAGCGAAUUUAAAAUUUCACAAAAAAUCGAGGUAUGCGGAUAUUUGUCGCUUUCCGAGAUCGGUUCACCUGCCUCUUUAAGUCGCCAUUUAGUUAUUCCUAAAGUAGACCGAGAGAAGCCAACACGACGCUCCUCGGAAAAAUCCGGAUCCUCAAAGUCGUCAAUUGGCGGCAACGUGGGCACUAAUACAAAAUCGACCCUAGAUGUAAACCAGCCAAACUAUGAAUACGAAAAACUAGAGCAAGACAUACGCGAUUUCUACACGAAAGAAGCUAAGGAUGGGGACGAAAGCAGUGAGGAUGCUGAAGCAAGCCUAAUAAAAACUAGCAGUGGUGCAGUAACCAGUGCUUUGGAGAAAGAGUCUAUGUGCGUAUUGUUGCAUGGUGCCAUGAAAGUCGAAAAUCUAGCUGCAUUGGUAUUAUUAAAUGAUAACUGGUAUGGCUUUCUAUAUUCCUAUGCAGAUAGUAAAAAAAAGUCCAAUUUAAUGUUAAAUAUCCUACCGCCCGGAAAUAAUGUUAUUCCCUGGUUGGGAGAUUUGAAGUUGUUAGGAUUUGCUGAAGAUCUUUUGCCUGGCGAGACAAGUGCAUUUCCGGUCAAGGCAGAUAAGCGUUCAUAUUCACAAAGCUGUGUGGUGUGGAUUAAACAAGUUAGUCUGCAGUCAGACGUCCAAAAAGUAUUACGCCAUGCAAAGAAAAUGCCAGAAAAGACACAGCACUUCUUUAAGGAAUUAAAUCGCAUAAGGCGUGCAGCUCUAUCUAUAGGCUUUGUCGAACUACUCGAAGCUAUGGCCACACUGUUCGAGAAAGAGAGUGCACAACUUACCCUUGGUGCGAAUCCCGAAUGCAGUAUACAAUUAAAACAUGCCGCAAUCGAAUUGCGAAAGCCAUCCAAUCGAGAUCUAAAAAUAUCGAUUGUUCCCCUGCAAAAAUUUGGAGCAUCUAGUAGUGGCACUGACAAUGCAUCAUCGUCGGUGUCGGGCUUUGUGUACUAAAAAAUUCAUAUACAUACAUAUCGUCGGUUGGCGUGCAAUAUCGCGUAUACGAAAAUUCAAUACCGCGUAUGAGGUGGCUGAGAAAAAAAAAAAUAUUUUCGGUACCGUGUCUCAGUGCUAGCCUACUUCACAAAUUUAAUAGUCAAUAAUUUUAGUAUAGGCUCAUAUUUAAUAGGUUCAAAAGUUUAGAAGAAAAUAAGUUUAUUUGCUUUUUAGUGAAAUUUACGCAUAUUGUACGCCAAGCGACGUUUAUAUUAUAUUUAUUAGAUACUUAUAUCAGGCCUCUACCUGUAAAAAUAUACUAUUCAUACAUACAUAAUAUAGGAUUGGCAUACAUGCAAAUAUAAAUACUACAUAAUUAGUUGUC